AAAACAAGGGGUUCCCAGGUCUCUGUUGGAUAUACGGUUGUUGGACUCUUCGUAAAUUCGUAAAGUGGCGAGGGGAAAGCGCUAGCUAUCUGGACCCCCCACUUUCACAGCCCAGCCUGACACUAUGCCUCUCUGAAACCGCCACCUUGCUUGCUCUCUCCUCUCACCGCCUUCUCCUUUUCCCCUUCCCUUCCCCCGCAAGGCCGCAACUCGCCCUAUACAAUAGAUGGCGGUCCCUGGGGGGCAUCGGCAGCGAGGCAGGCCUCGAGCUCUGAUCGGGGAACCAGUCCGACCCAGGGUUCCACUGAGGCGGUUGCUGAGAGUGGCAUCGGUGGCCUGUGGAAUACAGUUUGGUUGGGCUCUGCAGCUCUCCCUUCUCACGCCCUACGUGCAAGAGCUCGGAAUUCCUCACGCCUGGUCCAGUAUCAUAUGGCUUUGCGGUCCCCUCUCGGGUCUGCUGGUCCAGCCCCUCGUCGGACACCUCAGUGAUCGCUGUAACAGCCGCUUUGGCCGCCGGAGGCCUUUCAUCGUCGCCGGAGCUACGUCGAUUGUCGUCGCCGUUCUGAUAAUCGGAUUCUCGGCUGACAUCGGGGGUUUGCUUGGUGACGGUGCCGACCGGAGGCCGAGGGCGGUGGCUACCUUUGUGGUAGGGUUUUGGUUAUUGGAUGUGGCUAAUAACGUGACUCAAGGACCUUGUAGAGCUCUGCUAGCAGAUCUGACCGAAAAGGAUCAUCGAAGGACAAGAGUGGCCAACGCAUAUUUCUCACUAUUCAUUGCUGUCGGCAAUGUCCUUGGCUUUGCUACCGGAUCCUACAGUGGUUGGUUCAGGAUUUUCUGGUUCACGAGCACCUCUUCAUGUAAUGCUGAUUGUGCCAAUCUUAAGUCUGCCUUUUUACUAGACAUUAUUUUUAUUGCUAUCACCACAUAUAUAAGCAUAACAGCAGCCCAGGAAUUGCCUCUAAGUUCCAGCAGUCGAUCCACUCACAUUUCAGAAGAAAUGGCAGAGUCAACCCAUGCUCAAGAAGCUUUUCUUUGGGAACUAUUUGGGACUCUUAGAUAUCUCUCAGGGUCUAUUUGGAUAAUCCUGUUUGUAACUGCUUUGACUUGGAUUGGAUGGUUUCCUUUUCUUCUUUUUGAUACUGAUUGGAUGGGUCGAGAAAUUUAUGGUGGCAAACCAAAUGAAGGGCAGAAUUAUAAUACUGGAGUUAGAAUGGGUGCAUUCGGUCUGAUGUUGAAUUCAGUUGUUCUUGGAAUAACUUCAGUGCUCAUGGAGAAGCUCUGCAGGAAGUGGGGGGCUGGUUUUGUUUGGGGGCUAUCAAAUAUUCUCAUGUCUCUUUGCUUUCUAUUAAUGCUCAUACUUUCUGCUGUGGUGAAACAUAUGGAUUUUCUAGGCCAUGAUCUACCCCCAAGUGGUGUUGUGAUUGCUGCACUGAUUGUUUUUUCAAUCCUUGGUAUUCCAUUGGCAAUCACAUAUAGUGUUCCAUAUGCCUUGAUAUCCACACGAAUUGAGUCCCUGGGACUAGGUCAAGGGUUAUCAAUGGGUGUUCUGAAUUUGGCAAUUGUAAUUCCCCAGGUUAUUGUGUCCCUAGGAAGUGGACCAUGGGAUCAACUUUUUGGUGGUGGCAACUCGCCAUCCUUGGCUGUGGCGGCAGUUGCAGCAUUUGCCAGUGGACUUGUAGCCAUCUUGGCUAUUCCUCGAUCUAGUGCUGAUAAAUCCAGGGUCCACACAUGAGGUAUUAUAUUGUACCAAUUUUUGCAUUUCUAUUUGUCAAUAUGGGUGUUAAAAUGUUAACAAGUACCAAGAAUUUGUAAAUAGAUAUUGCUAUUUCCAUUGAUGUUAAUAAAGUUGAUUCCUCCAGAGUUUUCUUUGUCUAA